AACACAGACACGCCCUUUCUCCAGACGGCAUCGCACGUGGCCCCUUCCCGCCUCCUCCAUUGGCAGCCCACAGUGUCGACGGGAGGUGGGACUAGCUGAAGGCCGCGGCCGACACCAAGCAGGAAAGCAGAGCUGCGUGAUUCCUCACAGCCUCUGUUAGCCGUAUGGUUGGUGGAUGGAGUGCGUGUGCAGAGCACAGGAGUGGAAGUGUGAAAGCACACUGCAGAACUGCGUGAGACAAUCAGACACUAUUGCUUACAUCUUCUGUGACCAUCUAGAGAAGUAGACUUGCUGAACACUGGAUUUGUGGUCUGCACGAUGCCUGGCGCCAGCAGCAGGCUUGCUCUUUUCCUCCUUGGCUGUUGCGCUGCUGCCACCGCUCUGGAAGUCCUGGCCGGUGAGGACUGUGAGGCUGAUCAGCAGUACUAUGUGGCUGCUGUGUACGAGCACCGGGCCGUCCUGAGCCCAGACCCUCUGGAGCUCACCAGCCGCCAGCAGGCCCUGGAGCUGAUGAACCAGAACCUGGACAUCUAUGAACAGCAAGUGCUGACUGCAGCCCAGAAGGGUGUGCAGAUUAUAGUGUUUCCAGAAGAUGGCAUUCAUGGGUUCAACUUUACAAGAACAUCUAUUUACCCAUUUUUGGACUUCAUGCCAUCACCCCAGCUGGUCAGAUGGAACCCGUGCCUGGAGCCCCACCGUUUUGCUGACACCGAGGUCCUCCAGCGCUUGAGUUGCAUGGCCAUCAAAGGAGAGAUGUUCUUGGUGGCCAAUCUGGGGACAAAACAGCCCUGUCUCAGCAGUGACCCAGGGUGCCCCCAUGAUGGGCACUACCAGUUUAACACGAAUGUGGUGUUCAGCAGUAAUGGCACCCUUAUUGACCGUUAUCGCAAACACAACCUCUACUUUGAGGCAGCUUUCGAUACCCCUCUUCAAGUGGAUCACAUCACCUUCAAUACCCCCUUUGCAGGCAAGUUUGGCGUCUUUACUUGCUUUGACAUCUUGUUCUUUGACCCUGCCGUCAGACUCAUCAGAGACUUGGAGGUGAAGCAUGUUGUGUACCCAACUGCCUGGAUGAAUCAGCUCCCACUCUUGGCAGCCAUAGAAAUUCAGAAGGGUUUUGCCGUGGCCUUUGGCGUCAACGUUCUGGCAGCUAACAUCCAUCACCCAUCUCUGGGGAUGACAGGAAGUGGCAUACAUACCCCUCUGAAGUCCUUUUGGUACCACAACAUGGUAAGCCCCAAAGGUCAGCUUAUAAUUUCCCAGCUAGCCAAAAAACCAUCAUGUUUCAUUGGGAGAGAGAAGGCAAAAGAGAAAAUCGAUCCAUCCCACAGUAAAUUUUUAAAGAUGGUGUCAGGUGACCCGUAUUGUGAGAAGGAUGCCCAGGAAGUCCGUUGUGAGGAAGCUGCCAAGUGGAAUGUGAAUGGGCCUCCCUCAUUUCACUCACAGAUGAUGUAUGACAAUUUCACGCUGGUCCCUGUGGGGGGAAAGGAAGGCCAUCUCCGAGUGUGUUCAAACAGCCUCUGCUGCUACUUACUCUAUGAGCGGCCAGGCCUGUCCCAAGAGCUGUAUGCCCUGGGGGUCUUCAGCGGCCUCCACACUGUGCAUGGCACCUACUUCAUUCAGGUCUGUGCCCUGGUCAAGUGUGGGGGGCAUGGCUUCGACACAUGCGGCCAGGAGAUCACAGAGGCCACAGGGCUCUUCGAUUUUCACCUGUGGGGGAACUUCAGCACUUCCUAUAUCUUCCCUUUGUUUUUAACCUCAGGGAUGACCCUCGAGACCCCUGACCAGCUGGGCUGGGAGAAUGAGCACUACUUCCUUAGGAAGACUGGCCUCUCCUCUGGCCUGGUUACCGCAGCUCUCUAUGGGCGGUUGUAUGAGAGGAGCUAGGCCCAGAGUGAGUCCAGCAGUAGAUUCUGGUCAGUGUGCGUAGCCCCACCCUUUCACAGAGGACCACUGGGCCUGGAGGGUGGGGGAAAGCCCACUCCUGUGGUACCACAUCAUUCCAUGGGGACUGCAGGAAGCCCCAGAAGAGACAGGGUCCUCUUCAAAGCCAGUGAUAGACGUUUUCUGUUCACAUUUGUUGUUUUCAAGCCACAUCUUGUUCUGGCAAAUCUCAGUAUACAAUUGGUUUUAAAUAAAUGUCAGUUGAUACUUUA